GGCAGAGCUUUUUAGCUGAUCAUCCAGUAGUUACUAUGAUCAUGAAGUGCAUCAUUUUGCUGGCUCUCUUUGCUGAGGCAUUCACUGUCCCUUUUGAAGACAAUGAGAAGAUCGUUGGAGGAUACGAGUGCCCAGCACACUCAGUGCCCUACCAGGCGUCUCUGUUUGUUGGGUAUUACUUUUGCAGAGGCUCUCUGAUCAGCAGCUUGUGGGUCCUGUCUGCUGCCCAUUGCUACCAGUCGUCAAUCCAGGUGCAUCUGGGUAAGUACAACAUUAAUAGCAACGAGGGCACUGAGCAGUUCAUCUCUUCCUCCAAGGUCUUCAGGCACCCCAGUUACAACAGCAACACCCUCAACAACGACAUCAUGCUUAUCAAGCUGAGCUCAGCUGCCACUAUCAACAGCUAUGUGAGCCCUGUGUCCUUGCCUAGCAGCUUUCCCUCUGCUGGUACCAGGUGCCUGGUCUCUGGAUGGGGAAACACUCUCAGCAGUGGCACAAGCUACCCUUCCACUCUGAGAUGCCUGGAUGUCCCUAUCCUGAGUGAUAGCACUUGCAAAAGUGCCUACCCUGUUCAGAUCACCUCCAACAUGUUCUGUGCUGGCUUCAUGGAGGGAGGCAAAGGCACCUGCCAGUUCCCAAUUUCCAGUUCCACCCUCUAACUAGGUGUCCCCCAAUCAAUGCUACCAAGCUAGGAGGCUGAAGACAUGCUUCCUCCAAGACACGUGAGGCCAACCAUUGCAUCUUUUUGAAUGGCCGCUAACGCAAUGUUGUCGGACAGCAUAACAUGCUUGGAGGAGAACACAAACUAACAACUGUGUUACAUCAACUAAUAGACACCCAUGUUAGCUAGCAUCACACUGAGUAAUGGGGAAGGGGGGGGAUCACCUUAUGCACCCAGAGAGAGUGAAACCGAUUAUGUUUUCUUGGACAGAUUUUUUUUAAACACAUAUUUGAGACUAGCACACAAUUUAAACUGCUGAUUAGGCCGUUCUAGUUCCAGCUUUGAACCUCUGUUAUUAUAAAUGCUAACUGAGUUAUAAUCUAAAAAUGAAUUUUUACUUUCUUCCUCAAAAUCAGGUUUUGCCUCACAAACACGUCACUGUUUCACACAGUCUUCAGCCUUCUCCUGUGAGCUCAGGAAGAGGGUGGGAGUGCACAGUAUUGAUAUCACCCCGUAGCUUAUUUCUGAUUGGUGAAACUGGGGGUGUUACUAUUUACCCCAAUGCUUGAGGGAAUGUCUCACUUUCAGGCUUAAAACAUGCCAUUUGUUUUAUCGAAUCUACAAUACACUUUUGUGCAGGGAGAUCCAGAUUACUGCCAUGUAAAUUCCCAUUCAGUAAGAGUUCAGUAACAGUCUGAUAACAAUAACAAUGACCUUUUGUAAUAAGAAUAAAUCAAUAAUUAUGUACAGAAGUACAGUGUUUAAUCUGGAGGUGCUUCUCUGGCCUAGUUUGCAUUGAUUUCUUAGACAGAAUUUAAUUAAAUAAUAAAGGAAAAGGAAUAAAAAAUAUGGAUUAUACACAAAUGUUUUUAAACAAAGUGUACUUCCCCCAAUUUAGCACAAUAUCUGAUGUCAGAUGUUGGUUCCCAUAUGAGUAAUGUUCCUGGGGGUGUAAAUCUGAUAAGUCAGUAUUUUUGUAUUUUCUGACAAAUCUGUAUUUUUCCUUUAGAGGCGUCGUCCUUGACCACUGAGUAGAGACCAUUUAGAUGAGAACAUCUAAACCUUUGCCGAGUUUAGUGGUAAACGUAUUAUCAUAAUGUAUCAGAUUGGAUUUUUACAAGUAUUUUUGAUCUUCUAAGUAAUAAUAAAGUACACAUCCUCUACAGUGAACACACUUCUGCACGUUUUCAUUUUAAUAUGACUCUUUAUUUGCUGCGUUUAACAUAUUGGGGGAAAAAAACAUUGGGAAAAAGCAAAAAUGUUGCCAUAAGCUGCAAAAGAGUUUCAGCUCUAGAAGAAAAUACAGUUAAAUUUUUAUAAGAUUCAUUUCUGAAAGCCAAUCAAAACAGAUCAGCUCCCAGCCACAAAACACUUGACCCCUGAUGUGUUUAGAGACGUCCAGUCUAGUGGAGAACGUUACCAGAACACACAAGAAACAUCAAUUUCCCAAUUUACAACGGCAGUUAGCUGACUGGCUAACUAAUCCAAGCUAAACAGGUACUGUGUCCUUUCACUGUUUUCAUCUUUGUUGUUUUAGAGUAGCAGAUAUAGCAGCUCUUUAUUCAACUUAAAAUCAGCUACUGUAGUUUAAUGCAAGCAUCCAGUAGGAGCCAAUGGGUAGUAAGGCUGUUGUUAAAAAUUAUAUUAUUAAUUGAAUAAUCUACCAGUUAUUUUAAUCUAGUUAUCUGUUGUUUUAAAUGCUAAACCCAAAAUGGACUUGAUUUCACAGUAACAAACUACACAGAUCCCUUCAGGGGUUCUAAACUACUGUGUUAGAAACAGAUAAACUAGGAAGCCUUAUAUAAUCAUCUAACCUUGAACUGUAAAUGGUUUAAUGCAAACCUUGCUCCUUAUAGUUCAUCAUGUAAUAUCAUGUGCUUUUAUUUUGUUCGUACAGUUUAUUUCCUAUGAUAAAUCUCCAAGUCAGCUUGGUAAAUAUUUAAAUAUUUUUUAAGAUUCUUUGUGUUAACAUUCUUUAACAUAAAACAAGUCAGUAAUGUGCUGAAAAUUGCAAUAAAAACAGCUCAUUAAUGGGCAAUAUUAAUAAUAAACAUCUAUAAGAUCAUACCUCGGAAAAUCCUAUGGCUGAAUCUCAAAUGGCUGCUGUUUGAGAUUCGGCCUAAAACAGUUGGUGGCAGUGUUGCGUCACCUGACCCGAAUACUGCGCGUUGAUUGGCUGAACGGAUUUAUCAGGUUCUGCUCAAGAGCAGCGCUGCCAUUUACCCAUAGAUGUACAUCCCUAAAUACCGCGUUGUCUGUUGUUCUCUAUCUGAGGCGAGACGUCUGAGCGUCCGCCAUGUUGGAGCGGUCAAGAUCCGCUUGUGAACAAAUUCACUUGUAUUAAGAGACGAAGAGUCUCAGGAUUAAUUCAGCCACAAC